CAUUACAUUUUAAAGUGUAUUUUUCUGCCAUUUUCUCUCAACUAACACAGAAAAUCUCUGAGUUUCUUGCGCGAUGUGUUUAUUGCACAAGUUGAUAUUGCGAUAUUUAAAAAAAACUUUAAAAAAAACAAGUAGAAAAGGAUUUCCAGUGACUUUUGAGUUAUUUUCUCAGAACAAAAUGUACUUUAGUUGUAUCUUACUGGCAUUACAGUUUUGUGAUGUGUGAAACGAUUUCAUGUGUUAACAUGCGGCGUGCAUCUUGAUUCGGCGGGUACUCGAUGAAGGUUGUGGAGGCGGCAGCGCAGGUGUUGAACACGCUGUGGCAGUACAGAGACCCGAGGAACCUCUACAAACAGCGCAGAAAGCGGAACCGAAGUGCGGGUAUCGUUGCACCACGGUGCCCAUGUGACGGGAACCUCACUCUUCAACCAGCUGUUCUUGGAGAGAGGAGCUGGGUUUCUCCUGCUGUAAGAGUCGAAGAUAUCAGCAAGUCCAAGAAUGAUGUACCAGUACAGCCCAACUUGAAUAUAUUCCCAACCAUUUUGAUGGGGGGCAGAAGACGGAGCUUCAGGCCAAACUGUCCCCUCCCCAGGCCAGCUGCAGAACAGGGUCCAGAGCGUCGGGAACUUCUCCACGUUGUCACGUUGCCUACGUCAGCCCCACCAUCAAGGGCUCCCCCCCGCCCCGGCCUCCACCAGCCUCCAGUGUCUGAACAUCAGCGGCUGGGGGGUGGGGGGGGCAGCGGGGUCAUCACUGGCAUCCCUAUGCUCAGUAAACCUCUGUGUGGAGCAGGGGCGCCGACUUCCACCCCAAACACGCCACGCAGCGGCCUGCCCUGCCCACCCUCCUUUGUUGGCACCCCAAGCUCCACCCCCACAGCAAGGGCCAACCAGCACGGAGUUUCAAAGAGCCUGUCCACCCUCAGUGUCCUUCGGGACAGCAGCUGGAGGGACGGCUGCUACUGA